UAAAAAAGUUUCUCAACUUGGUCAACCGCUCCAGCCACUUCGCCGCUGUAUCGUAUUUUUUUUUAAAGCAAACUAACUACAAGUAUCAUGAGCACCCAGGACAGAAACCUCCUCACCAUGGCGAGUGAUUUGUCGCUCUCGGAUCCUUUCAACAGUCAAGUCGAGACGACUAUCCGUUCGAAGGUGGUGAUUUUCAGCGGUGGACCGCUUGCCUCAGUGGUCGCCGACUUUCAAGACGAAAAGAAGGCCGACGAUGGUUCCUCUGCUCCUUCGACCGCCGAAGUCACGGCGGCUCCGAGUCUCGCGUCAUUGGGAACCAAUCCAGCCACUGAAAGCCCCAAGGUCAGCAGCGUUUCUUCAGUGUUGGAUUAUCGGGUAGUGAGUUGGUGCGGAACCAAGUUCUACUCUGAUUUGGUCCACGAUGGCCUUGAGUGGCUUGGCAAGCCCAAGGACGAUGUUGUGAUGGUAUACGAGAGCCCAUCCUACGAGACACCCGGAACGUCGUUUGUCAACGCCUCCAAGUAUUUCUUUCAUGACUCUCCUGCUGGGUCUCCUAUCCCUCGCACUACACUGGGACCUCUGCGAUACGGUGCCAUGACGGGUGAUGCAUUCCCAGUCUAUCUGCAAAACCAACCCGACGCCCAACUCGUCAAUCACUGGAAGAACAGCUUGCCUCAUUUUGUGGAACCCAGGUUUGUCCACGGCCUCAAAGAAACCAACCGAAUCUAUGCUUACCUGCCACUUGAGCAAGUUGCAAAUCACGUCCAUGAUCCACAAGCACACUACCAUGUCGCUGGAAAGGACGCCAUUCCUCUCAUGACCACACUCACAACGAAGCUAUUGCCUGACACCAAGCAGGUGCGGCCCUGCAUUGCCAAGGUCAAUCAUUCCAUGGGAAGCCGGGGCAUCUUUGUCAUUCGAGACGACAAUGACGAGAACGAGUUUUUGGAGUUUCUCCAAGAGACUGGCAAUCCUCCCUAUGUUGUGUCUGAGUUUAUCAACAUCGUUCGUAACAUUGCAUGCCACUUCUUCAUUCACCCUGACGGCCGCAUUGUGUGGUUGGGGUCAUCGGAGAAUGUCCGGUUGGAAGACGGAACCUGGAGUGCUGACUCGACCAUGGACAGAACCCAGCAAGACAUCCUUCAGGCUCUGCAACUCCCUGGAGCCCGCGACGUGGCUGACUACUGCUUGUCUCUUGGCUUGUGGGGUUUCUGCGGCAUUGAUGUGUUGAUUGAUGAUAAGGGCCAGGGGCACGUUGUGGAUGUCAACCCCCGUGUCACUGGUACCUGUCCAGCUCUCAUGGCAUUCCGAGGGAUGCAGAAGCGUUUUGGAUUUGACUACGGUCUCUUUCGUCGAAGCACCAGCCACGCCUUUCCUGGUUCGCUUGCUCAGUUGUUGGAGCAAGUGGAGGCUCACAAUGCAAACCAUGAGGGAGAAAGUCGUAUCGUUUUGUUCAGUGUUGCCGAAAAAAGUGCAGACCAGACACUGUUGAACAUGGGUGUUUACGGAAAGUCAUUGGAAGAUUGCGAGGUCCAUCUGAACCACUUUUCUCGAGUCUUCCGUUACAAAAAGGCUACUUACAUGUGAUGACAAAAGACAAAAAGAUGAUGAAUUGAAUGGCUGAUUUGCGUUUGCCUAUGAGUAUGCUAUGCAUGUUGUUUACGAAUGGAUAUUCCAAUGCUAAGAAUGCUUGUUUAGAUACAUGUAGCUUUCAUUUAUUUGCUUAUAGAGAUUGCUGCUUGCCCCCCACCCGCAUUCUUGAUGAUAUCUGCUUGUGGUGCUAUGCAUGUUGUUUACGAAU